AUGGCUCGCUCAGUCCACGCCGUCUUGUCGUCUUCGUACGAUGACGAUGACGACGAUGACUAUGCCCCGUACCCGGCACCGAUAACAGCUCCGGUUUCUCCCACGUAUCGACGACGUAGAGCAUCAGCCCGCGAAACUGAUAGCUUGCUCGAUAACGACCCACUCCACUACCGAAGAUCGACUUACGGGACCUCGAGGCCGGAAACGUUCUUCAGGUACAAUACAACAAGUACCCUCCGUCGGUCUCAACACCACAGCCGCGUCGGCUCACAGAACACUCGUUUUGUGCCUGCUCUAAACAGGCAGGAGAGUGAUGCAAAUGAUAUCAACAAGGAUGGCUUCAUGGGUUCAUCGUUCCUAGACGAGCGUCUAUGGUACGAUCAGUUCACGUCAAUAGACUGGGUCCAUGAUAGUAUCAAAGACGGAAUCCGUCUGCGGCAACUGAGAAGCCGCAAGGACUUCCGGGGCCGUGUUCUUGCCCUAUUAGAUGGCGCUCAGGGCUGGGUGUUGGUAGCUUUGAUCGGCUGUAUCACCGCCGCUAUCGCUUAUUUCGUCGACGUGGCCGACAAAAGUGUUUUUGACCUCAAAGAAGGUGUCUGCACUGGCUCAUGGUUAUCGAGCCGGAAAACAUGCUGCUCUGGUGAGGGUUUCUGUGAUGAAUGGCGUUCGUGGUCUCAAAUACUAGGAUUGUCUCGUGUCGAUAAUGAACAGGUUGACUUGGUCCUGUAUGUCCUUUGGGCUGUGGCGAUGGCUGUGGUUUCCUGUAUCUUAACUAUGUUCACAAAGACGGUUGUUCCUUCAACCAUCUCCCUGUCUACAUUGGACGAGAAUCUAGGGGCCGAAAGUGAGCCAGGACCUGCCAGCCCAAGUGGGUACUAUACGAAACUGCGAAGCAACCCGGCCAUGGUCUACUACUCGGCUGCAGGUAGUGGUGUGGCGGAGGUGAAGGUCAUCCUAAGUGGUUUUGUGUUACACGGUUACCUCGGUCUAAAAACACUUAUCUUCAAAACUCUUGCCCUAGUCCUAUCGAUCUCAUCUGGAAUGAGCUUGGGAAAGGAAGGCCCUUAUGUGCAUAUUGCUACCUGCGUUGGUAACAUUUGCAGUCGAAUGUUCACGAAAUAUCGAACAAACGAUGCCAAACGCCGUGAAGUCUUGGGGGCUUCGGCCGCUAGCGGCGUGGCCGUGGCAUUCGGCGCUCCUAUCGGUGGUGUUCUUUUUGGAUUGGAAGAAGUCAGUUACUAUUUCCCGCCAAAAACCCUUUUUAGAACUUUUUUCUGCUGCAUUGCCGCCACUUUAUCCUUGAAAUUUCUGAACCCCUACGGCACAGGAAAAAUUGUACCAUUUGAAGUGCGAUACGUUUCUGACUGGGAAAUUUUUGAAAUGGGUCUUUUUAUUCUUCUUGGUGUUUUAGGAGGCGUCGCCGGCGCAUUGUUUAUCAAAGGAACUGGUAUGUGGGCGAGAUCAUUUCGUCGGAUAUCAAUUAUCAAAAGGUGGCCUAUUCUGGAAGUCGCUUUAGUGGCUUUUAUUACCGGCAUAAUUAGCUUUUGGAAUCGGUAUACAAAAUUGGGAGUGGCCGAACUCUUGGAGGAACUCACAGUACCUUGUGACCCUACUGGUGUAACAAAAACGGGUCUCUGCCCUGAGAAGGAUGAGAUCCUGGGAGUCGUGAAGUAUUUGCUUUGGGCAUUCGUGAUCAAGGGAUUUUUAACAACAAUCACUUUCGGUUUGAAAGUGCCUGCUGGCAUUUAUGUUCCAUCCAUGGUUGUAGGCGGUCUCAUGGGACGGAUGGUUGGCCAUCUGACCCAGUACUUCGUGGUUACAUAUCCGGAUUUCUUUCUCUUUGCAAACUGUCCGGCCGAGCCAGGAGUUGAGUCCUGCGUUACUCCAGGUGUCUAUGCCAUGAUUGCAGCAGGAGCUACUAUGUGUGGUGUCACGCGACUAUCCAUUACCCUGGCAGUCAUCUUGUUUGAACUAACUGGCAGCUUGAACCAUGUGUUGCCAUUCUCUGUUGCCAUCCUCUGCGCUAAGUGGACUGCCGAUGCGAUCGAACCUCGCAGCAUUUAUGAUCUCCUUACGGAUAUGAACGACUAUCCGUUCCUUGAUAAUAAAGGCCACCCUGUGAGCGACCAAACUCUGGGCGAUCUUAGCAGAUCUACAGGAAAACAUCGUAUUAUCGAUAUAUCUCGAUCUCCUCUUGUCAAGGCCAAAGAUUUGCGAGGAAAGCUUGACUACCUCCUUAUGGCCGGUGAACUGGAUAGCGCGUUGCCGAUUGUGCGGGACACAAUUCUAGUCGGCUUGAUUCCGAUUACGGAUCUCGAGUUUGCACUGGAUAAACUUGAUGACGAAGAUACAGAGUAUUGCAUCAUGUCUCAUGAUUCAACUUGGACAGACAAUAGCAGUGAGCAUGAAGAGGGUGCCGAGGUGGUGCAUGAUUUCACUAUCUACAUCGACCCAUCUCCUGUGGCACUCGAUGUCCAUUCCCCCUUGGACCUGGUCUAUCAAUGCUUCGUCAAGCUGGGGCUACGUUAUAUCUGUGUCCUCGGUAACGGCAAGUUCCAGGGCUUGGUUCACAAGAAACAAUUCGUCAAACAUAUGAGAGAGCUAGACAAGAUCUAG